AAAACUGAGACAGUCGCGACGGCGCGCUCGUUUCAAGCAGACGUUAACGUUAACGAUUUGGUUCUUAUCCAGCGACCACCGCUCUGUGUGCGUGUUGUGCUUGUGUUUGUGUUUGUGCCUUACUGUGCUAAUGCCAAUACUGUUCUCGUUCUCUUAGCCGUUCUUGGUUUUGGUUGCGGCCCUACAACUCACUCUUUUUUUUUCGUGUGUUCUUUGGUGUUUAUGCCGCACAUGCUGACCUGACCCCAGAGGACCAGCCUAAAGGAUCUUCCCCAAAAUCGAAAGCAACAAACUGCGAUUGCAGCACCAACAACCACGAAGGGUGAACUCGACUAAGCCGUCAGGAAGACAACAAUUCAAAUCCAUCAGUAAGAAAAGACAGGAAGCACCAAGAUGUCUCCAAAAGCGCUAAAUGUGCGCGUCACGACAAUGGACGCGGAACUGGAGUUCGCCAUCCAGUCGACGACGACGGGCAAGCAGCUGUUCGACCAGGUGGUGAAGACGAUCGGCCUCCGGGAGGUGUGGUUCUUCGGGCUCCAGUACACCGACUCCAAGGGCGACUCCACAUGGAUCAAGCUGUACAAAAAGGUGAUGAACCAGGACGUGAAGAAGGAGAACCCCUUGCAGUUCAGAUUCCGUGCCAAAUUCUAUCCAGAGGACGUGGCCGAGGAGCUGAUCCAGGACAUCACACUGCGCCUGUUCUACCUGCAGGUGAAGAAUGCCAUACUGACCGACGAGAUCUACUGUCCGCCAGAGACGUCCGUGCUGCUCGCCUCCUACGCCGUGCAGGCGCGCCACGGGGACCACAACAAGACCACCCACACAGCCGGUUUCCUGGCCAACGAUCGCCUGCUGCCGCAGCGCGUCAUCGACCAGCACAAGAUGUCCAAGGACGAGUGGGAGCAGUCGAUCAUGACCUGGUGGCAGGAGCACCGCAGCAUGCUGCGCGAGGACGCCAUGAUGGAGUAUCUGAAGAUCGCCCAGGACCUGGAGAUGUACGGCGUCAACUACUUCGAGAUCCGCAACAAGAAGGGCACCGACCUCUGGCUGGGUGUCGACGCCCUCGGCCUGAACAUCUACGAGCAGGACGACCGCCUGACGCCCAAGAUCGGCUUCCCGUGGUCCGAGAUCCGCAACAUCUCCUUCUCGGAGAAGAAGUUCAUCAUCAAGCCGAUCGACAAGAAGGCGCCGGACUUUAUGUUCUUCGCCCCGCGCGUCCGCAUCAACAAGCGCAUCCUGGCCCUCUGCAUGGGCAACCACGAGCUCUACAUGCGCCGUCGCAAGCCGGACACCAUCGAUGUCCAGCAGAUGAAGGCGCAGGCGCGCGAAGAGAAGAACGCCAAGCAGCAGGAGCGUGAGAAGCUCCAGCUGGCACUGGCUGCCCGCGAACGCGCCGAGAAGAAGCAGCAGGAGUACGAGGACCGGCUGAAGCAGAUGCAGGAGGAGAUGGAGCGCUCGCAGCGCGACCUGCUCGAGGCCCAGGAGAUGAUUCGCCGGCUGGAGGAGCAGCUCAAGCAGCUGCAGGCCGCCAAGGACGAGCUGGAGCUGCGCCAGAAGGAGCUGCAGUCGAUGCUGCAGCGCCUCGAGGAGGCCAAGAACAUGGAGGCCGUCGAGAAGGCCAAGCUCGAGGAGGAGAUCAUGGCCAAGCAGAUGGAGGUGCAGCGCAUCCAGGACGAGGUCAACGCCAAGGACGAGGAGACCAAGCGCCUGCAGGACGAGGUGGAGGAGGCCCGACGCAAGCAGACCGAGGCUGCCGCCGCUCUGCUGGCAGCAUCGACAACGCCGCAGCACCACCACGUGGCCGAGGACGAAAACGAGAACGAGGAGGAGCUGACGAACGGCGACGCCGGUGGCGACGUCUCCCGCGACCUGGACACCGACGAACAUAUCAAGGACCCCAUCGAGGACAGGCGCACGCUGGCCGAGCGCAACGAGCGCUUGCACGACCAGCUGAAGGCCCUGAAACAGGAUCUGGCGCAGUCGCGCGACGAGACGAAAGAGACGGCAAACGACAAGAUCCAUCGCGAGAACGUCCGCCAGGGUCGUGACAAGUACAAGACGCUCCGUGAGAUCCGCAAGGGCAACACAAAGCGUCGCGUGGACCAGUUCGAGAACAUGUAAGGCUCCUCGGCUGCCGGCGCCGGCACUUCACAGCCCAGUGCUGGAGAAGAUGGAGAUGGAGGAGGAGGUGGCUCCUCGAAAUGAAAGAGAAAGAUAUAACUACAAAUCAAGAUAACAUAAAAGAGAUGGUGAAGAAGAAGAAGAAGCAACAAACAUAAUUCCGGUCGCAGGGACCUCAAAACCUGCAACUAUAUCCCCCGGCCACACCACCCCACGCCCCCGUCCCCUCACGGAAGAGGACACUUCCUGCUAAGUUGAAAAGAGAAAAUAUUAAGGAUAAUCUUUGUUUGACCGCCGUUUUUUUUGUCAAAGA